AUAAAGGAUGAUAAUAUUGGGUCUCAGCCCGAUCCGAUCCUUGUUUGGGCCUUUAAUCACGGCAUAGCCCAUUAGACGCAAGGGCAUUUGGGCAGUUAAAAUGAGAGAUUUGGGCAUUUCCGGGAACUAGGGCUAAUAUAAGCCCCCCUCUAUAUCUAUCAAUUAGGGUUUUCUUUCUGUUUCUCUUGCGGCGUCGACAAAGGCGGAGAUCCAGGUAGGUCCGGCGGCCGAUCGAGACAGUGCUCUGCAACAAUGCCGGAAAGACCGGGGAAACCCAGGAAGGAAGAGGUCGUGACCAGAGAGUACACCAUCAAUCUCCACAAACGCUUGCAUGGAUGCACAUUCAAGAAGAAGGCUCCCAAGGCCAUAAAGGAGAUUAGGAAGUUUGCUCAAAAGGCUAUGGGAACAACGGAUGUUCGCGUCGAUGUGAAGCUCAACAAGUUCAUUUGGAGCAAGGGGAUCCGAAGUGUGCCGAGGAGGGUUCGGGUCCGCAUCGCGAGGAAGAGGAACGACGAUGAAGAUGCCAAGGAAGAACUUUACUCGCUGGUCACUGUUACUGAGGUUCCCGAGGGACUCAAGGGCUUGGGCACUACUGUCAUUGAGGGGGAUGAUUGAAUCUUUGUUUCAAUAUAUGGUAAAGAAUUCCAGUUUUGGCUGUUGUCCUCUAUCAACUAGUUUAAGAUAUUUCAUCUGCAUUUUCAAUCUCAAACACAGCCUAUCCUGCUAUGCUGUUUUACCUUGUGAAGACAAUUUUGUUACAUUUAUGGGUUUUAGCGAACUUGAUACUAUGUGCUGGCCUAAUGAUCUGUUUUUUUGUUUGAUUUCUCAUAAAAGUGGUUGAAGUAAGCCAGAAUUGUUUGUGCUCAUUUCUAACUUUCAAGUACUGUGAUGUUUAUUGAGGGGUGGCUUCGGUUCAAAGCUGAAUAGUGG